AUGCAGUCAGCUUGUUCUAUACUGCUUAUCGGAGGUAUCGCGCAUUGUAGAAAGGAAUGGGAGAGCUUUGCACAGUUUGCAACCCUCAAGGAGUUCCUGGCGAACUGUAAGAACGGCAAAUACGAUGAUGUGGUAGCGGUCUAUCGGUCUAAUAUUACUGGCCCCUUUGAUGAAGAGCUUGUAAAGGCUCUUCCCAAGUCAUUGACGUAUAUUUGCCAUAAUGGAGCCGGCUAUGACAAUAUUGAUACCACAGCCUGUACGGAGAAAGGAAUCCGCGUGUCGAGCACACCCAUUGCAGUAAACAAUGCAACUGCAGAUAUCACAAUCUUCUUGAUGCUUGGCGCUCUGAGACAGGCAUAUGUUCCGAUAUCCGCUAUCCGAGCUGGCCAAUGGCAGGGGAAGACCAAACUAGGCCAUGAUCCCCAGAUGAAGGUCCUUGGUAUUUUAGGAAUGGGCGGCAUCGGCAGGGAGGUAGCACGCCGAGCAAAGGUAUUUGGAAUGAGAGUUAUCUACCACAACCGGAACCGCCUUUCUCCAGCUUUGGAAGAAGGAGCAUCCUACGUCUCAUUCGACCAGCUGCUGGCCCAAUCUGACGUGCUCAGCCUCAAUCUCUCUCUCAAUGCAUCAACCCGCCACAUCAUCUCCCAUCGGGAAUUUGCAAAGAUGAAGGAUGGAGCGGUGAUUGUGAACACCGCUCGAGGGGCACUGAUUGACGAAAAAGCGCUAGUCUCUGCAUUGAAAUCUGGAAAGGUGAGUUCUGCUGGUCUCGAUGUAUACGAGAACGAGCCGUCUAUCGAACCAGAGCUGCUGGGGAACCCCAAGGUGAUGCUGCUUCCACAUAUCGGAACGGCUACCUACGAGACCCAGAAGGAAAUGGAAAUGCUGGUCCUCGAAAAUUUGCGAUCGUGUCUCCAAUCGGGGAAAUUGAUCACACCAAUUCCGGAGCAACGAGAUGCAUGGAAGAGCCAGGCCAACUCGAAUGCCCUCCAUGGUAACGGCACCAACGGACGACAGCACGGGCGUAACGGUCACAAUGGACACGUAUUCCACGGACACAUCUAG